AUGUUUCAUCUAGCAAAAUCCAUCUACGACCAGUGCAUGCUCUGGCCAGAGUACUCAGUGUUGAUUCUCGGGUUGGACAACGCAGGGAAGACCACGCUCCUUGAAAAGCUCAAGGCUCUUUACAUUCCGCACUACAAGGAAAUCCCGCCAAGCCGGAUUCUCCCCACCGUCGGCCAAAAUGUUGCCACGCUCACGGUAGGUCACAUCCACUUGAAGUUUUGGGAUGUUGGCGGCCAGGACUCCUUGCGAGAGCUCUGGAACGAGUACUACGCCCAGGCACACGCCAUUGUAUUUGUCAUCGACUCAUGCGACCCGGACCGCUUGGUCGAGUGCAAGGAAACCUUGCUGAAGAUCAUCACAGACGACAAGGUGGAGGGCCUCCCUAUCCUCAUGUUGGCAAACAAACAAGACGUGCAGAUCGACACCAAGCUCGAGAUAGCGCAGAUCAAGGAGAUCUUCAACAAGAUCGCAGAGAACUUGAACGCCAACGACUCCACCGUCCUGCCCAUCAGUGCCUAUACGGGUGAUGGCGUUGCCGAGGCGCUUACCUGGCUCUCCGACCGCAUUGUGCUCAACAAGACCAACAGACCCCCACAUUACAAGAAGUGA